AGGCGCAGUGUCCAAAAGACUAUCGCGGUGUUCGUGGCACCCACGCGGAUAAACAAUUAUACAAUUUUUUUUUCUUGUCCGCCUCGAAAAUUUGGUGAGUUUGUCAAUUGUUUUUUUGACCCCCCCCAAAAAAAGACCUUAUUAGAACAAAAAAAAAAAAAUAUAUAAUUAUAGAAAAAAAAAACGUGAGAGAAAAAGAUUUUCAAAAGCGUGAAUAUUCUCCGUGACAUUGAAUCAAGUGAGACUGAUAUUAAGAUUUAAUCUAACUGGGAAUUAACGUAUAGAAGAGAAAUAAAAAGCAAACGACAUCAUGGCGUUCGCAGGACUUAAAAAACAGAUCAACAAAGCAAAUCAGUACAUGACGGAGAAAAUGGGUGGCGCUGAGGGAACGAAACUUGACGUCGACUUUGUAGACAUGGAAAGGAAAACGGACGUUACGUGCGAAUUGGUUGAGGAUCUACAAAUGAAGACAAAAGAAUUUCUUCAACCAAAUCCCACAGCAAGAGCAAAAAUGGCCGCUGUUAAGGGAAUAGGAAAAUUAAGUGGUCAAGCAAAGGCCUCAACUUAUCCACAGCCGGAAGGAACACUCGGUGACUGUAUGUUGAUGUACGGAAAGAAAAUGGGCGAGGACAGUAUUUUCGCUCAAUCCCUGAUCGAAAUGGGAGAGGCCAUGAAGCAGAUGGCCGAUGUGAAAUAUUCCUUGGACGACAACAUACAGCAAAACUUUCUUGAGCCUUUGCACCAUCUGCAGACUAAAGACCUCAAAGAAGUUAUGCAUCAUCGAAAGAAACUUCAGGGAAGAAGGCUUGAUUUCGAUUGCAAAAGGCGACGGCAAGCGAAAGGUAACAAUCAUGGUUCUCACGUUUCAGACGACGAAAUUCGUAUGGCCGAGGAGAAGUUCGCCGAAAGUCUUCAUUUGGCUCAAAUGGGCAUGUUUAAUUUACUAGAAAAUGAUGUCGAACAAGUGGCACAAUUAGCAACAUUCAGCGAAGGCCUUCUUGAGUAUCAUCAACAGUGCGUCGAAGUUCUGAGGGUAUUAACCGAAACACUCUUGGAAAAGAAAGACGAGGCGGCGAACCGUCCGAAAAUGAAUUUCGUACCAAAAACGUUAGCCGACCUCCACGUGGACACAGUUUCUUCCGAAGGGAUCAAUGGUGGGAAUUUCUUACUUCACGGGGCAAGUCGAGCCGGGUCUCCGGUCUCUGGAGAAGAGAAGCGCUCACAACUCGAGCUUUUUCCAGCCGGAAACCCGCCGCAGUCUGCCAAUGCUUCUCCCUUGCCAUCGCCAAGUAAAUCUCCAGCUAGGACACCAAUGGCCAAACAGCCAUGUUGCACGGCGCUCUAUGAUUUUGAGCCGGAAAAUGCUGGAGAACUUGGAUUCAAGGAGAACGACACUAUCACUUUGAUCCAAAAAGUCGACGACAAUUGGUUCGAGGGCACUGUGAAUGGUCGCACGGGUUAUUUUCCUGUGUCUUAUGUACAGGUGGUGGUGCCUUUACCAUAAAAGAGCACUGGCUAUUUAGAAGCCAAAGAGUCUGCGUUCGUUCAUUCGCGUCUAUCACAAGAAAAAAAAAAGAAACUUAUACCUAUAUACAAAGCUCCUAAUCUAGACCUUAUUAAACACUUUGACUUAUGUUAUCUUUUAAAAAUGAAAGAAAAAAAAAGCUUCCUACGUUACGAUCCCGAGUUAAAUAUUCCACGAAUAACCUCUAUACGCAUGUUAAUGUACAUAAAUAUGUAAUAACGUUAUAAUCUUUUAUAGACGUAAGAUUACUAUAUUCACGCGCAGGCACAUUGACACAUUUACAAAGAAAAAAGAAACAAAAAGAAGGGUUUUAAUAUUUCAACAAAAAAAAAAAAAAUAUAAGUUUCACCCUUUUAAUCGUAAAUUAUUACAACGUAAUAUACAUGUAAAUCACGACGCAAAUUCGUUAUAAAUAGUGAAUUUUAAUUUGUUUUAUUUUCUAUUUUUUAUCAAUCGAGUGACUAUCAUCUGAUCAUGAAAAAAAAAAUGAAAUUGAUUCAGAAUCGUUCGAAUAUUAAUAAAUUAAUAAAUUUUUGAUUUUUUCUAAUAUUUUCCAUGUUUUUAAAGGUAAAGAAAUUCGUUAAUAAGUAUAGAAAAAUAUUGACGCAAUAUUGUUGAGAAAUUUAUACGGAUAAAUAUUCUUAAAUGUUACUGUGCAAUAUUUAGAAUGUUAUCGCGGAAAAUUUAUUGAAAGGCAAUAUUUAGCGGCGAUAAUUUUAUUCUAUUUGAAAAAUAAUAAAAAAAAUUUGAACGAUUUUGUAUCCUUAUGUAGAUUGCACAAAAAAAAUAAAUCUCCGUAGACGUAAGACCCCCUAAAAACUGACUGGACGAAGAUUUUAUUCACUAGAAAAUAUUGUAAUUUCGCUUUAAAAAAAAAAAAUGUUUGUACAUUUUCAAUUCGACAUUCAAAAAUCUCUUCGUCUAAUUUUUUUUUCUUAAUGAGUACAACAUUUUUUCUCUUUUUUUUUGUGCAAUUUUCCGAAUAUUGAAUAUUUCUGUAAAAUAUUCUGAGACUUGGACAGAAAUAUGAAAAUCAAUUGUUUUAUGUUGUGCUAAUUAGGAGAUAUUUUCGUUUAAUUUCCCCUACUCACGCACAUUGUUAUAGCAAUCAUUCGUCAUUUGUUAAAAAUACUGUUAUGAAUUGUUGCGUUACUCUGUCGAUAUUUGUAUUAUAUAGCAAUUUAUUCAUUCCUUCACAAGACUUUCCAUUUUUAGAUUGUAUUGUCAUUUUUUUUUUUUUUUUUUUUUUUUUUUUUUUUUUUUCAAUGAUUUUUAAAGACAUUUUAGAAGGAAUUAGAUUUAAUUUAUAAGAAAUCGAAUGGCGGCGAAUCUCUUCCACGAAGUCGGCGAAUUGCUGGCAUUCUAUGGACGGAAAAUUUUUUGUACAGAAUGGCCUAAAAAAAAAAUAAUUUUCUUGAUUUUUAAUUAAAUUGUACGCCGAAAAAUUCGUUUCUUUUUAGAAAUAAUUUUUCUAUAAAUUCUAUUUAGUAGAAU